UAUACAUAUAAUCCUUCUGUAUAGAUUACUGUAUCGAUAAAAUGGUUAAACCGUGUUGGAAAAUAGGUGUUGGGAGUGAGAGAGGCAAGAACAAUACCGGGAAAGUUGAUGGCUUGACAUGGUUUAAGGAUCUUGGCCUUCAUGCCUUUGGUGAAUUUUCCAUGGCUAUGAUACAAGCCAACGGUGUGAUGGAGGAUCAAUGCCAUAUUGAAUCAGGACCGUUGAACUUCAACGACCCGGCGUUUCAGGGCACGCUCGUUGGUGUGUACGAUGGCCACGGAGGUCCUGAAGCUUCCAGAUUCAUCGGUGACAAGAUCUUCCCUAAGAUAAAGAAGUUUGCAUCAGAGAGUGGGGAGAUCUCAGAGCAGGUGAUCAGAAAAGCAUUCAUAGAGACAGAGGAGGAAUUUCUCACCAUGGUGAAGAAACAGUGGAUCAGGAACCCAAAGCUGGCUUCAGUUGGGUCAUGCUGUCUGAUGGGAGUGAUAUGUAAUGGAUUGGUGUAUGUUGCCAACGCGGGAGAUUCACGAGCUGUGAUGGGCAGAGCUGAGAGAGGGAGAAAAGGAGUGAGAGCUCUUCAGUUAUCAGUCGAGCACAAUGCCAAUGUAGAGUCUGAAAGACAGGAGCUCUGGUCCAUCCACCCUGAUGACCCCACCAUUCUUGUGAUGAAGAACUGGACAUGGCGAGUCAAAGGUGUAAUCCAGGUUACAAGAUCCAUAGGUGAUGCAUAUCUCAAAAGAGCAGAAUUCAACAGAGAACCUCUAAUGUCCAAGUUCAGACUGCAUGAGCCUUUUACCAAGCCGAUCCUUAGGUCUGAUCCAUCUGUCACGGUUCACCAGCUUAACCCGGAAGACGAAUUUCUGAUUUUUGCUUCGGAUGGGCUAUGGGAGCAUCUAAGCAACCAGGAAGCUGUGGAAAUUGUACAUAGUUCCCCACGACAGGGAAUAGCAAGAAGACUGAUCAAAGCGGCGUUGAAGGAAGCGGCAAAGAAAAGAGAGAUGAGAUACUCGGACUUGAAGCAGAUCGGUCAUGGAGUGAGAAGGCAUUUCCACGAUGACAUAACCGUAGUUGUAGUCUAUCUCAAGCCCCGUUGCAUCAGAACUACUCCUUGUUCUUCUCACCAGCUGUCAAUGAAAGGCGGCAUCCCGGUGCAAUCCACCUCGUGGAAGGAUUAUACCUGCAACAACUAGUUC